UAAAGCUGCUUUGGACAGACUGCCGGGUGGAAGAGUUCAUUCUGGAAGUGGCCCUGUCUCUCGGGGAGAUGUGCUAAGGAAAUCCUCGGGCUGGACAGGCUGGGAGAUUGCCAGAAGCCAAGGCUUUGCAGUGCCUUAACCACAGUUGCUUCCUCUCCUGGGAGAGCUCAGGACUCUUCCUACCAGGCCCUGGCUCGGACAGAAUGAAAGGUCUCCGCUGGCGUUACACUCGGCUGCCCAGCCGGGUGGAGGAUGCUCUGUCUGUGGAGGAGGGUGAGGAGGAGGAAGAGGAGACAGCCCCAGCCCCAGCUCCGGUCUCAGCUCCUGCUCCUGAAGAUCUGGUGGAACCCCAGCUGGCAGAAGCCAGCCAGGUUCUAGGAGCCUCGGAGAUUAGGCAGCUCAGCCUCCACCUCCCCGCAAGAGUCAUGGGACAUCCCUGGAGCCUGGCCUUCUGCACAUCAAGAGAUGGCUUCAGCCUGCAGAGCCUGUACAGGCAGAUGGAAGGCCACAGUGGGCCGGUGCUGCUGGUGCUGAGGGACCAGGAUGGGCAGAUGUUUGGAGCCUUCUCUUCCUCGGCCAUUCGACUCAGCAAAGGCUUCUAUGGUACCGGAGAGACAUUCCUCUUCUCCUUCUCCCCACAGCUAAAGGUCUUUAAGUGGACAGGAAGCAACUCUUUCUUUGUGAAAGGAGACUUGGAUUCACUGAUGAUGGGCAGCAGCAGUGGCCAGUUUGGGCUGUGGUUGGAUGGAGACUUGUACCGUGGGGGAAGCCACCCUUGUGCAACUUUCAAUAAUGAGGUACUGGCCCGACAAGAGCAGUUCUGCAUCAAGGAGCUGGAGGCCUGGGUCCUGAGCUGAAGACCCCGUGGUGGGUAGCUUCCUGAAGCAACAAAUGCUUAGACCUGCUCAUGAAUGCCUUCUGGACCCUCCUUAGUGAGGGCUG